AUGUCGGAAGCUGUAGUUCGCGCGGGAGUUAUUGUGAUUUCUCAUUUAUUGCGACAGGAAUUAGAAAAUAAAAAGUAUAAAAAGAAAAGAUUAUGGAUCAGAAGUUGGAUUUCAAGGCGAGAGAAAUUUGGUGCAUCUAGCACAUUAUUAAAAGAAUUAAAAGACGAAGACGCUGUAGCCUACCGAAAUAUUCUAAGGAUGAACGGGGCCCAGUUUGAUACAUUGUUACAGAUGAUUGACGGACUAAUUAAGAAAAAAGACACUCAAAUGAGAAUGGCGAUUCCGUCGAAAAUCAAACUGGAAAUAACUUUACGUUAUUUAGCACCUGGCGAUUCAUUUAAGUCUUUACAAUAUCUUUUUCGCGUUUCUGAAUGUACGAUUUCAGUAUUUUUACCCGAUGUACUUACAGCGAUUUCUCAAGUAUUAGAACCGUUUAUUAAAGUGCCUGCAACUGCUGAUGAAUGGGGGAAAAUAAAGGAUACAUUUUUUCAUCGUUGGAAUUUUCCAAUGUGUUGUGGCGCAAUCGACGGAAAACAUGUUAUAAUUAAACGACCUCCUGGUUCUGGCUCAUCAUUUUAUAAUUAUAAAAAAACCUUUAGUAUUAUAUUGUUCGCAAUGGUUGACGGUGAUUAUUGUUUUACAUACAUCGAUAUAGGAGCUAAUGGCCGAGCUAGUGAUAGUGCAGUAUUUCGAGACAGUACUUUGAAUAUCGCAUUGGAAAAUAAUACCUUAGGGAUACCCGAAAAAUGUGUUAUUAUUGGGGAUGGUGCAUUUCCGUUUAGAACAAACCUAUUAAAACCAUAUAGUAAAACUGCACUUAAUAAUUAUGAAAUGAUUUUUAAUUAUCGUCUCUCACGUGCUAGAAGGGUGGUGGAGAACGCAUUUGGCAUUUUGGUGUGGCGAUUUCGAAUAUUUUCUAAACCAAUUGAUCUACAGCCAAAAACAAUAGAUAAAGUAAUAUAUGCAGCUUGCAGUCUACACAACUGGCUACGCAAAACUACUCCAAACAGUUAUAUACCUUCACAAGCAGUUGACCAAGAGGAUUUUAACAACGGUAAUAUUAUUCCUGGAGAAUGGAGAAAACACGUGAAUAAUUUAGAAGCUGUCAAUAGAAUGGGCAGCAACAACUAUAAACGAACUGCAGAAGAUGUUAGGAGUUCACUGGCAAAAUAUUUUAUAGAGGAAAAUCCUUUACCGUGGCAAUGGGAAAAAGUUGGUAUAACUAUAUAA